UUCACCCGGAAAUAAAUAUUUUGAGGAAGUUGCGUUUGCCUCAUAGGAGGACUAUUUUGAAAGGUCUCGGUUUAUUCAUAAUAUAACCUACAGAAUCUGUUACGAUAUAGUCAGACUGUAACCUUCGUUGCGAACAUGAAAAGGUUCCUACUACUGGUUGCACAUUGUCUCUUUGUGGUACAAGUAAAAAGUUGGAAUCAAGGCUCGGGCAGCGUCCUGCUGCGGGACGUCCAGGUGUUGACUCUGUACAAGGGCCGCUUCACCACCGCGGGCCGCUCCAGCGCCAUACCCCAAAUCAAGUGUAUCGGGGGCUCGGCUGGCUGCGGAGCAUUUGUCCCAGAGGCUGUUCAGUGUAAAAACAAAGGCUGGGAUGGAGUCGACGUGCAGUGGGAAUGUAAGACUGAUAUGGACAACUCCUACCAGUUUGGUCACAUCGAGGUGAGCUGUGAGGGCUACAGCCAUCCAGACGAUGCCUACAUACUGAAAGGCUCCUGUGGACUGGAGUACACCCUGGAGCUGACCGAAGAAGGGAGGGCAAGGCAGAGGUCCGGUUCCACCCACGGAUCCAAGCAGUCUGGUGGCUUUGGGGAUUUCGCCUCCAACUUCUUUAGUGGUUUCUCUGGUAGCAAGCAUCAACCGCAGGGCAACCAUCAGCACCAACAGCAUCAGGGCUCCUCGUCAGUAGGCAGCGAGGGUGGCUCAGGUAGUAUGCUGGGACUGGCCAUUCUACUACUGCUAGCCUAUGGUGUCUACAAGCUCUUUCUCAGUGGAAACUCAGCUCAAGGUGGCCAUCCUGAACCCGAGCCGGGAAGCUAUCGUACUGGCCACGAUGACCGUGGCCAUACCAGCGGACCUCCGCCCCCUGGCUUUAAACCCAACUUCACGGGUUCCUCAGCAGGCUACCCUGGUGCUCCUCCUCCAGCCUACCCUGGUGAUCCUCCUCCAGCCUACCCCGGUGAUCCUCCUCCAGGCUAUGGCUUCCAGAGUGGGUACAGCUCUGGGAGCCAGCAUUAUCCACGGCAGCAAAGGGCCACACCAGGAGCGGGUGGAGGCGGCUUCUGGACCGGGCUCGGGACAGGAGGAGCACUUGGAUACCUUUUUGGAAGUCAAAGGAACCAACCUUACAAUUCCAACUUCAGCGCAUCCGGCCACAUCCCACGUCCCGCACAAGCGCCCAGCUUUAGCAGUGGGACCCGCAGUGCUUCAGGUUUUGGAGGAACCAAAAGAAGAUAAAACUCAUUUGGGCGUGUGAUCUCCUGUCUGCCAGCUGAGCUACACAUCACAAAAAAUAAGAGGCCAGAACAGGAUGAAACAUCUGGGAGACAUCAGCAAGUCUCGGGUGAAUUAGAUGUUUUAUUGUGAUGCGUUAAAUGCUCAAUUGACCACAUCUAUGAAUUUGUUCCAAUCCAAACCUUUUCUGAUGGGUGUUAGAUAUGUGACCAUCUUGAUUAAUUACAGCAGAUGUUUGUGAUGUUUUUUAUUAUGUCUAUCAACAAAAAUCUGAAUAUUUUGGAAAAUUAUGAAAUAACGAGAUAACAAGUUCAUGUUGUUACUCUGCUCUUUUUUUCUAUUGGUAAUUUUAGAAUUUUGAAUAUAUUUAUUUUUGAUCAAACACCAAACUAUCUUGUUUUUACUGAUGGUUGAAGUUUUUUCAGAAAAAUAUGUAUUCUAAUAAAUAUAAUCUAGGCAAACUGAAUGUCGUUAUACUAUAACAAACAUGAACUAUUUUGUUUUCAUUUAAGUUAUAUUUGCAGUUUCUUGUAUUUUCCUGUUUUGAAUAUAAACACAGCAAAGCUUAUAAAUACUUUCCCUUACGUAUAGUCAGUUGGGGCAAAUCAAUGAUUGUAAGCUUUUAUAUACAAAUAUAUGAAUUUAAAGCUGUCAUCCAUUUGCCAUUGUAGCAUUAUUAUUAAUAAUAAUAAUAAUAAUAAUAAUAAUAAUAAUAAUAUAUUUAAUUUGUAGAGCACUUUACAUUCAGAAAUCUCAAAGUGCUACAGAGUUUAAGAGAAAGGAAAAUAAAUAAAUGGUAUCAUUAUUUAUUAUCACGUAGUUAAUACAGAUGGAGCAUGGGAGGAGGGGGUCUGAUAAAUCAGCACGGUAACAAUGCAGCAUUUUACUCAUGAUACAUUUGGUCUUGUGGUCUAAUGCGAUGAAGUAAAUACAAAAUACAAAAAGGGAUUCAACAGUGUAAUGGUUUAGGACCUAAGAUAUGCGUUGUAUUUUGCAAUGAAAAUGCUAGCAUUGGCUAAACAUAGGAAGAAAUAACAUCAUGAAUAAUACAUUUUGUUCUCCCUACUUAUAUAAAAUACAUAUAUAAAAAUAAAAAAAUAAUGAAAAAAAUAAAUAUAUAUAUGUAAUUAUUUAGUUGAUAUAGUCAGUGUUUUAUCCAAAGAAUGCCGUAAAAUGUAUUUAGGGCUGUAGUUUCCUCCAGUCUGGCUAUCCCUGUGGUGUACAACAUUAUCAAUAAAAUCGGACAAACAGGAAUAGAUAAUUUAACAGCACCUGCCGAUGGGAUUUGUUCGUGAAAAGCAUUCAUUUAUUUUGCUCUUGAAUAAUUUGGAUAAAUCUUCGUCCUCAUCUGUGUAAUUAAAUGACUACAAAAAACUCAAAAUACACCGUAGUCCGAUAUGUUGGCAGAAUGGGCCUUUCCUCCAAUAGAGCUUAGAAAGCGCUGUGCUAAAUGAUACCCAGUGUUUCAUAGAUGACAUCGGAGAGGCCCUCGUCGCUAGAGUUUAUCGCGGUGGUCAGGGCAGACCCUGAAGGUGAGAAAGGGAUUGUUUUUUCUGGGGAAGGAGUUAGUUUGCAGACUUGUGCAUAAAGGUCCGUGAACAGGUCAGGUCUGUCAUUCUUCUUUGCUACUCCCUCAGCUUUCCUCACAGGCUCGGCAUAAAUGGGUUCUUUCUCUAUUUCCCCUUUUUGGGUCUGAGUUGGGUGAGCUCUGCUUUGGCCUGGACUUAGUUUGUCGUACACUUCUGCGUAGAUGGGCUCUGAAGGAUUGGCAUGGUCUGUAGAGGGCCCCGGUGCUUCCAUCGUGCUGGAGGUGGUGGGUGGUUUAAGAGGAAGGAAACUCGCUGGGUCGGCGUACACACUUUCGACUCCCAGAUGUGGAUUUGACGUAGACCUCUCCGUGACGUCAAUGCUGGGGUGUUCUGAGAACGUCACACAGGACACGGGAGCAGACGCUUUGGUAGAUAUCACUUUGUCGAGAGGCUGAGCGUUAACACAUUCAGAUGCACUUAUCCAGUCUGCCGGCUGAGAGUACAAGCUCUCUUCCGAGUCCACGAGAGAAUUCGAUUUGAUUUUUUGAUUUUUUUGCAAAAUAGCAUGUAUUAAGUCCAUAUCGGGUAUCUUGGGCAAAGGGGAACGGGGAAUCCGACUCGGCAGUGCUGCUACCCCAUCUGGGGUUGGGAGGACUGUGUGGAUGGCAGGACUGUUGGUGGGGACAGCAGUGGAAGAUGUUUGGUGUUUGAUAGCCUUCUCAAUUAGGCUAAACAGAACACUGGCUUGGCCGGUCUCAAACGUAAAGGUCCCAGGUCCAGAAUCACACCGCCUGCCAGCUUCGAUGGUUAAGGAAAGCUGUAGGGAUGAAAAUAGAGCAACUCAUUUAGGUGUCUUCUUUUAUCUAUAUUAACAGUACAUUUAA